AUGGAGGAUGGCGAGCUAUGUGAGUACCAUAAGAAGUUGGAAAGGGGUAAGUGGGAUUUUGAACUUGUAAAAAACAAGUUUGUGUCACUUGGACAUAGUUACGAGUUAAUUGUUGUGGGGAUACCCUUGAAGUUUAUCUUGAAGAGCUUGAAAAAAAUGCCUCGGGUGCUUAUGUUUGUGGUUCUUUAUAACAUCAGGAUACAUAGCCACGUGUCUUCCAUUCCAGUGGAAACUGUUUGCCUUCUGUAUUACAUCCUUGAGGGUAAAUUUGUCGAUGUUGCUCGCCGUAUUGCUAAUAAGCUGAAAAGGGUUUCCCUGAGUGGUACAAGACAUGGUGAUCAAACUUCAUGUCAAUUGACAUAUCCUAGGAUGAUUAUGGGUCUUUGUAAGAAGGCUAGGGUGCCAAUUCCUAUUGAAGGUCAUCAGGUUAUCAAAGGUUUAUGCAUUUGGUUGGAACUUGGACCAUUGAAGGGCUUAGAGAUGGUUUGCAAGUAA